AUGACCAACAGUAGCAAUGAUCGUGACGGGAUCUUAAAAAUCGAUCAUCGAUUGGAAUCAUCUCCAUUUAUCGACAAAUCAAGUAUUAAUUACGCUGCCAUCUUCUCGUUCAAAAGCGAUCUGAAUCUGGUGGGUGACCAGUACAGCUUGCUUGGAUCUAUUUUCUAUCUAGGUUACCUAUUGUUUCAGCUGCCUAAUAAUUUCAUUUUGCAAAUGGUACCCAUUGGCCGGUACAUGGGUGUCAUUGUCACCUUGUGGGGUGUGGUGUUGGUGUGCACGGCCUUUGGCACCAACUUCUCGCAAAUGGCAGCUUUGAGAUUCUUGCUGGGUCUGCUGGAAGCCGGCAUUUAUCCAUCUCUGACAUUGUUGAUCAGUACCUUUUAUCGCCGCUCAGAACAGGCCGCUCGUUUGGGUAUCUUUUGGCUCUGCAAUGGCUUUUCACUUAUCUUUGGAGGCCUUGUAACGUAUGGUAUUGGUAGAAUGACCAAUACCUACGGUUUAAAAACCUGGCAAUGGAUCAUGAUCAUUCUCGGUUCCUGCACAGUGGUGGUCGGCGUUGUUACCUUUUUCUUCUUGAUCGAUAAUCCCAAAUCGAAAGUCUUGAAGCUGAACGCUGAACAAGAAAUUCUCAUCGAAGAACGUACAAGAGAUAAUGCCGUCGUUCGCACCACAUCGGCUAACCGGGCUCAGAUCAUGGAAGCUCUCAAGGAACCGCGAUUAUGGUGCCUUUGCUUUGCUUGUUUGCUGGUCAAUCUGCAAAAUGGCGCCAUGACCAUCUACAACGGCCAACUCACCCAAACAUUUGGAUUCAACCAACUGCAAUCGGUGCUGCUGAGUAUUGGCACAGGUGGAUCGGAUAUCAUCCUGAUUAUGGGAGCCGUGUGGGUGGUCCAACGAACUAAGCAGACGAUUUACACCGCUUGUGGCUUGAUGGUGAUCGAUAUUAUUGGCCUGAUCCUCCUGGUGGUGAUUCCUGUCCCCAAGGCCAAGCUCGUUGGAUUCUACCUUGCCUGGUCCUAUUGUGCCGCCUAUGUGUUGCUAGUGACCACGAUUGCCAACAACGUAUCUGGUUAUACAAAGAAGAUCUUUUACAAUGGUCUUUUGAUGGUGUUUUACACUGUCGGCAACUUUGUGGGACCGUUGAUGAUGGUUGAAAGUCAAAAACCGACGUAUAUCGGUGGCAUGAUCGGUUACAUCGUUGCCAAUACCAUCGUUAUUGUGUUAUUACUGAUUGCCCGUUGGCGCAUGGCCAUUGUCAAUAAGCAGCGCUUAUCCAAACCGAGCGAAUAUGUCACCAAUGUCGAGGACGAUUUAACUGAUGUGCAGGAUCCCAACUUUAUUUAUCGUCUUUAG